CCCCGGUCCGCUCGGUCUCCCGGUGCCCGGUGAGAGGCCUCGGGCUCGGUCCGGCCCUGACCCCGGUCCGCUCGGUCUCACGGUGCCCGGUGAGAGGCCUCGGGCUCGGUCCGGCCCUGACCCCGGUCCGCUCGGUCUCACGGUGCCCGGUGAAUAAUGGCAAGCAUCCAGGAACGCAUCAGCCAGUACCGGACGGCGCCCUUUGACGCCAGGUUCCCCAACACCAACCAGACUCGCAACUGCUACCAGAACUACCUGGACUAUCAUCGCUGCCAGAAGGCUCUGACCGCUCAGGGCAAGGACGUGUCCGUGUGUGAGUGGUAUAACAGGGUAUAUAAAUCCCUGUGCCCCAGAUCUUGGGUUAACAAAUGGGAUGAUCAGAGGGAGUCGGGAAGCUUCCCUGGGAAGAUCUGAAUGACCAGUUGGGACAUGCUUCUCCUUCGCUCCUCCUCUAUCCCCCCAGAUUGCUUGUCGUUUUCUCUCUUACCCAAAGUCUACCUUGGACCUUUGCUGAUUGAGUGAGGGGGUAUGGUGGGGUUUAUGUUCACGAGCCCUCCCCCAGCUCUCUGCUCCCUUUUUCUGUUGGAGAUAGGUUUUGGGGUUUCACUGACUUCGAGCUCUCUAUUACAUCUGUAAUUCAACAAUAAAAUGCUUCGAUAAGGAGCCCUUCCCUCA